UAAAAAAUGAUCCAUAUUUACCUAUGUAUGUAAAAGUAUACGAAUAAUUGUGGACGCGUUUCAAGGUUAAAUAAUCAAAGCGCUAAACAGUGUUUUCGAUACGAAAAUUUUUAAUCCAGCAUGUGAAUUGGGACCCAACGAUGCUUUGCUUCAAACAUGCAAGGAAAACCAAUGCCACGGCACUAUAUAAUUACCUCUCGAAAAAUCAUUACUCCCGACGGAGUGACAAAAGCACGAGCACGUAUAAGAUCGUUGGAACAAAUAGUGAAAACUUGGAUGACGUAGACGGUGCUGUGCUUGGAAUAAAUUCGAAUUGGGAAUUAUUAACACCGAGAGGAUUUAGAUUUUAUAUGCCAGGAGGCAUUGGUCCCGCUUGGUCGGACGUGACCACCACUGUCCACGUGAAAACGGAGCUAGUUAAUUUCCCGAACGACGAAAGAUCGCUUUCCGUAGACUCUGAAUCUAAGAAAACCCCCCUUCAUCCGUUAAAUCGUUCGAGAAGCAACAAUCGACAACCGAUCCUUCGAUGCGUCGCUCAAGAUUGUCCCCUAUUGUUGAGAAAAGGCAUAGGAGAAUUGUUUCAGGGAUGCUUAGACAUCGGUUCGGUACAGCUCACUAUAAUUACUAUCAGUCAAGCGGUCAAUGGAAAAAUAAUGAGAUGGAACAGAGAAUUAGAAACGGAAAAAUUAACGAAAUACUUUGUAUUAGCAGCCUCGGAUAUCUGUGCGAAACUGCAGGGAAUGGGAUACUGGGCAGACUUUAUCAAUCCGUUCAGCGGACAACCGCACUUGAACUUGCAGAAGAACAGUACUCUUUAUAAAACGGACGAACGUUUCCGUUGUUUAGGAUUUAAAAUAUUACACAGAAAUAAUUGCAAAGUUAUUUUAUCCGACAAUAAUGUGAAACACUUCCUAGGUAGCCUUUACACUACGGCACCCUCGAAUGCAGAUUUCUUGGAAAAAAUUCUGCGCGAAUGCGAGCUCGAAACCGUGGACGAAGCUUGAAAAAAGAACAAUGUCGAUAGAGUGUACAUUUGAACGCGUUAUAUUACGAUACUUUUAUCCUCCGAUAAAGAUGUAGCAUAAAUUGUUGGGUUUAACUUGUAUAAAAUUAUCAACAGAAAGGAUGUUUGAAACAA